UCGUGCACUCGAUUUAUUCCAGCAGUGAACGUCGAGGAAGUCGGUUGUGUCGCGCACGCUUAGUUUACGUUCUCUUUCCGCUUCUGCUUCAAUUUCGUGUUUGUGUUUUGUUUGGCUUUUGUUUAGCCAGCCUGCUUUUUAUGUGCAAGUGCUAAUGACAAACAGCAGCAACAACAACAACAACAACACAACAAGACAUUAUAAAGAUAUCUGACCCAUAAAACCAACGAAUACAUACAAAACGUGAUGUAAAAACAAAACAUAAACCAACAAAUUCAAGUGAAAAGAAAAACCAAAAUACAAAAAUUAUAAAAAUAAAUUUGGCAACGGCAAAAACAACUUACGAAUUUUCACAACAACUUGGAAGUUUGUAACGGAUUUUCAAGACACUUUGCACAAAUGAUUAUUGCAAAGUUUUCGCAUUGCUAGGUAAGAGUUUUGCAGAAGUGGACAGUUCCAUUCUAUGUGCCACUUGGAAAUCUGGUCUCGCAAACAAAUUAGAUGCAUCAAUAAAGACGCCAAAUCAUUUAAGAGCACCGUCAUCAGCAACAACAACAACAACAACAGCUAGAAGCAAACAGUAGCAGUAGCAUGCGUCUCUUUAAAACGCGCAAAUCUACGGACACAUACAGCACGUUAACAGUCGCCCAACAACAACAACAACAGCAGCAGCAGCAGCAAGAACAGCAACAUCCGUUGAGCAACAAACAGCAGAGCAACAACAACAUCAGCAAGAGCAGUAAAUCACACGGCUUGGGAACAUGCAGCAACAAAUUGAGCAAAAGCAUCGCCAGCAGCACAGCGAUCUCGUCGUCCUUGCCUGAUCUGCACGACAACUCGCCAGUCAUGAUACUCAGCUGUACCACCCUCACCAGCAAUGGCAGCGCCUCAGCAGCGACAGCAACAACAACGGCCGCGGCAGCAACCACUGCCAGCAAUGGGCAACAGCCGAUGCGUACGGCCACGCCCACAUGCCUGCUAAGUGGACGUCAGACGCCUUCAGCGAUAUCCAUGCUCUCGCUGCAGGAGGCCAACAAUCUGCACCGACAGCAACAGCAACAGCAGCAGCAACUGCAACCGACCAUUUAUGUGCCCAAUAAACUGGGCAACAAUGUUGCCAAUGCCAAUGCAGCAACAUUUCUGCUUAGCUACGCCAGCAGCGGCAAUAUUGCUGGCACCCCGCAGCAGCAGCAACAUCAGCAAUACCAGCAAUACAUGGCACAGCGACUGCAUCCGAGUGCCACAUCUGCCUCCAACAGUUGCCUCUAUGAAAAGUCCAAGUCCCAUUCCCUAACAACUGGCCACAUGCCUGAUUAUAAACUGGUGACAGCCGUGCCUGUUGUUGUCCUGGAUGAUGAGCACAAAUUGGCCGCUGCCGAGAUGAACAGCGACGCCAGCAGCAACAUCAGCAGCAUUAGCAGCAGCACAGGUAGCACCGCCUCUCUGGCCAGCACCACGCGUAACGUCUUUACGUGGGGCAAACGCAUGAGUCGCAAACUGGAUUUGUUGAAGCGCAGCGAGUCUCCCGCUAAUACACACAAAUCACACACGGAUCUGCGGAGUUUAUUCCAUUCGCCAACGCACCACAAGUCCAAUGGCAAUGGCAACAAUGGCAAGGCAACGCCCACGUCCACGCCCAUAGGCUAUCAGAGCAGCACGCUCAAAAAGUGCAAGUCGGGCCCCAUUGAGACGAUCAAGCAGCGUCAGCAACAUCAUCAGCAACCUCAGCAACCACAGCAGCAGCAACAACAACCGUCGCCCCAAGUGCAGGAUUUGGCUAGCCGGGGCAGCCAGAGUGCACAGUCGACGCCCACGCAUCAAUACCAGCCGGUGGCACGACCACAGAAGGCGCUGAAGAAUUUCUUUCAUCGCAUCGGCUCCACGGGCAUGCUGAAUCAUCGCUCGCACAAUCUCCUCAAGGCCUCAGAGGCGGCGCAGCAGGCAACGCCAGCGAGUCAGACACUAUACCGCAGUAGCUCCACUAGCCAGCUGUCGAGUUGCUCAUACAUCAAGUGCGAUGAUCCCACCGAGGGUCUCAAUCUUCAGCGACAGCAGCGUCAGCAUCUGCAGCAUCAGCAGCAGCAGCACCUCCACCAGCAACAACAUCAACAGCAGCAGCAUCUGCCACGCAUCUCCAGCCUGAAGUCGAGCAGUUGCGAUGACAUUGCCAAGGUGAGCAGUUGCCUCACAGCCAGCAGCAGCAGUGGCAGCAACGCAGGCAGCAGCGUGGGAUCACCGCCCAAUGGAGGAGCAGCCGGUGCUGGCAAUGCCAGCAAUGGUGGGCAGCAGGAUGCGGCACGUCGUGGUGCUUUUCCCUAUGCCUUCUUGAGGUCUCGCCUCUCAGUGCUGCCCGAGGAGAACGGCGGCUCUGUGCUGCUCAAGCAGCGCGAGCAACUGCAGCGGGAGGCGGCGGCAGCCGCAGCAGUAGCAGCCGCAGCGGCAGCAGCUGCAGCGUCGACAGCAGCAGCACAGCAAUCGCCAUUGCCACAACGCCACUCGCCGGAGCAGCAGCUGGCGAAUGUGUCGCGCAAUGACAGCAUCUCGUCCAAGGACUGGGAACCACUUUACCAAAGAUUAAGUAGUUGUCUAAGUUCAAAUGAGUCGGGCUACGACAGCGACGGUGGCGGAGGCGGCGGCGCUGGAGGCGUUGGCGUUAAUGUGGGCGGCGCCAGUGCUCGACUAGGCAAUAAUCUUAGCAUCUCUGGGGGAGAUACAGAAUCUAUUGCCUCGGGCACGCUCAAGCGCAACUCGCUCAUCUCGCUCAGCUCUUCAGAGGGCGUCGGCAUGGGCAUGACCAUGGGCAUAGGAGGUUCCUCUUCGGUGCGGAACAGCAUCUGCAGUGCACCGGUCUCCCUAGGUGGCUACAACUACGACUAUGAGACGGAGACGAUCAGGCGACGCUUCCGACAACUGAAGCUGGAGCGCAAGUGCCAGGAGGAUUACAUUGGUCUCGUCUUAUCGCCCAAAAUGGUCGUGACCAACAACAAUGAGCAGCAAUAUCGCUAUCUCAUUGUCGAGCUGGAACCUUAUGGCAUGGCCCAAAAGGAUGGUCGACUGCGAUUGGGCGACGAGAUCGUGAACGUGAAUGGAAAGCAUUUGCGGGGCAUUCAAUCAUUUGCGGAAGUGCAGCGACUGCUCAGCACCUUUGUGAAGAACUGCAUUGAUCUGGUGAUAGCGCACGACGAGAUCGCCACUGUGACCGAUUUCUAUACCAAAAUACGCAUCGAUGGCCUGAGCACGCAGCGGCAACGUCUCAGCUACUGCCAGCGCACGGACAGCUUGAACAGCUUGCAGAGUCUACAGCUGCAGGUCGAGCACGAGCAGCAGCAACAGCAACAGCAGGAGUUGGAACGGGAACGGGAGCAGCAGGAGGAGGAGCAAGAGGGUGAGGAUCAGUGCGAUGCGCGUUCGCUGGCCAGUGUGAGCACAUUGCCCACGCCCAUGCCGCUGAUGCAGCAUCGUCGAAGCUCGACGCCGCGUCCAUCGCUGGACGUGAGUGGGCAGGAGCAUGAGCUACUGCGUCGCCGAUCGCGCAGCUCGUCAGGUCAGCGCAGUUUGGCACUAACGCCAACACCGCUCUUUAACAACAACAACAAUGACAACACCUCUAUCAACUCCACUGCUAACACCAAUAACGAAUCCUAUACGCCCGUUUAUGCGAAUCGGGCGGCCAGCAUUUGUGUCGCCUCCUCGCUGGCAGAUGACGAAAAGUGGCAGCUGCUAGCACGCAAACGUUGCUCCGAGGGCGCUGCCCUUGCGUCUGCGUCAGCGUCGGUGACGAGGGAUGCGACUGGCCAGCAGUUUGGCCAGCGCACACAUUAUGCUAGGAACUCGAUUAAUCUCACUAAUUCGCAUUAUCGCUCGCUGAGAUUUGCGCAUUCGCGACUCAGUUCGUCGCGUCUCAGCCUGUUUAUGCAGUCGCCUCCGCCUCCGAGUUCAGCUGGAGCAGAGUGCAGCAACAACACAACAUCAACAACAACAACUGACACCCCAACAACAACAACAACAACAACUGAUCUCACUAAUAACAUGCCACCCCAGCAGCAGCAAUCACAGCAACCACAACAACAGCAACCACAACAACACCAUUCAUUGUACAUCAAGCACACGCAGAAAAGCGUUUCAUUGUUUUCGCCUAAUCCAUUUCUCAAUUCCUGCUCCACUGCUCCUCCAUCAUCCGCAGCUGGUGUAACUAACACAUCGUUAGCACCACCACCAGCCGCCUCUUUAAUGCAUCAUCGUCCAUCGCUGCCGGUGGCCAAGCUAACAAUACGCGACGAGGAAAUGGCCGAGGUCAUACGUGCCUCCAUGAGCGAGGGCAAUGGGCGCUCGACACCAAAGACGAUAACGUUCUUCAAGGGGCCAGGCCUCAAGUCGCUGGGCUUUAGCAUUGUGGGUGGCCGGGACUCACCCAAGGGCAACAUGGGCAUCUUUGUGAAGACAGUGUUUCCCUCUGGCCAAGCUGCCGAUGAUGGCACGCUGCAGGCGGGCGAUGAGAUUGUCGAAAUCAAUGGACACUCUGUGCAGGGCAUGAGCCAUGCCGAGACGAUUGGACUCUUCAAGAAUGUGCGCGAGGGCACAAUAGUGCUGCGCAUCCUGCGAAGAAAACUACAAAAGGCCAAAUCAAUGGGUACAUAGAGCUGCCCAAUUAUUGGAGUAUAAGCUAUUAACUUACAUACUAUUAAUUAUAUAUAGUACAUAUAUAUGUUUAACUAUGUUUUAAAAACUAUUUGUUAUACCUACAAUAACGACUGUAAAUUUGAAAACUAAAAUUUAGUUUGUAGUCAAACUUUUGUAAACGUACAAAUCUCCCGUAAAAUAAUGCACUUAUAUACAUAUAUAAAUAAAUAUAUAUGUUGUUUACACAUAUCACUACAAGUACUAUAUAAUAACUAGCUGGCCUUAAUCCAGCAUUGUCCGUUCUUUCAUAGUCAUAAAUUGUUGUUGUACAUUGUCCACACAGCAGAAGAGAAGCAUACAAAUUAGUACUCAAUGUUAA